AUGCUGCCUCUUUCCUAUCAGCACCGAGGCCUCCUCCAUGCUCUUCUCGGACUGGCCGCGUGCCAUCUCGGCUCCUCGGGCAUCGACACCAGCCAAUUCAACCAAACAAGUGCCCUGGAGCACAAACUGUCGGCCAUCCAAGCCUUGAGCGCAUUUCUCAUCAAGGAGGAAAUGUUGGGACUCAAUGCGAUGGAGGAGGAUAUCACCCUGGCCAUUGUAUUACUGCUCGUGUUGCAUGAUAUAUGCGAGUCAGGCAUGUCAUCACAUGGGACCCAUCUGAACGGCGUGACAUUCCUGUGCGCCAGGUUUGUGGAGCAGGCGGCUGAACCACCUUCGCCGUUUCGAAUGUUUCUUCUGGCUGCGCUGGCCUGGUUGGAUGUCCUUCGAGGUUUCAGUGGAGCCGAGAAACUGGCAUAUCCCCCGGAGGUACGACGGUAUAUUCUAGCCGCCAACGAUUUCAGCCUGGAGACGCUGGUGGGAUGCCCCGCCGAGAUCUUCCAUCGAAUUGGCCAGGUCUUAUCCGCCGGCAAGGACUUUCUCGCGGGAUCGCUCUCUGACGCGGAAUUCCAAGCCCUCCUCCAGGAAUCUGAGCAAUCUCUGCGCGAUCUGGACUUGGACCAAGAGGCCUACCCCACCAAGGACCCGGAAUGGAAGAUCCUGGCCGAAGCAUAUCGACACUCCUGUAUCCUGCGCAUCCUCCGCUUCCCCGACUCUUUCGGACUGCCCUGCGAUGAUGACCGAGUGGUGGAAUCCGUGGUGGCGAUCCUCGAUGCUAGUGCAGAAAUACCCCGGGGAUCAGCCUUCUAUAAGCGGUUGCUCUUCCCGCUGUUCCUGGCGGGCGCCGAUGCCUCGACCCCGCAUCAGAAACACUAUGUCCAACUGUGCAUCGACGAGAUCAAGCAAUCGACCGGCUUCCGUCACCAGGCCAUGACCGGCCUGCUUGACAAGGUGUGGGAAGAGAGAGCAGCCAAGACCCGAGGCUGGGUGAAUGUGCCGUGGAUGGAAUUCGUAAGCCUGCCCGUCCUGCGCCAUUUCAUCUCUUAG